UCAUCAAACAAUGAAAUUUUAAUUAAAGUUUACUGGAGUGCGAGAAAAUGGAGGGAACGUUAAACUCCAAAGCAACCUAUUUUUCAGAAAUCUGUGCUUCCAUUCGCGGGUGAUUAAUACCAACAGAAAAUACUACACGAAACCACAAAUUCUGCUUUAAAAUGGUUCGAUUUCAAUUUUUCUGUAACAAAUUUCAAUUUAGGUUUCAACAAUUUUCAAUUUUUCAAUCUUAUUGUUAUGCUAAUUACUACUUAAAUUUCAGACAUUCACAUUAAAUACAUAAUUUGUUAGGUUAAAGAUUAUGCUUUCAUUCAAGUAAUUUUGACAUUAUCAAGGUUUUUUAAAAUGCUGAUAGAAUUUUGUUUAAUUUUGAACUUCAAUUUAGUACAGCAGUAUUGAAUUAUUAUUAUUCUGUGAUUCAAUACUUUAAAUUGUGGAUAUUGAUGUUAUACAUAUGAAAUUUAGAGUGGAAUUGCAUAUAAGCUGAUGUUAUUUUCUUUAAUUUGGUUAAAUAUAAUGCAGUUUAUUUGAAUUAAUUUUUGGUUGAUGAUAUCAAAUUAAUAGCUGAAUUAUUAGAGUUGAGGUGAGAUAUGGCCGGCCAGUGGAUAGUGUGCAAGUGUAACGCUUCCCUGUCGUUUAACUCGUCCAAACCCGACUCGGUCUGCCUUCUGAAAGGAUUCAGUCAUGUUUUUUGUCAUCCUAUUUUCGUCCUCCAUAGAAUUUACAAGCUUCAUAUAUCUUGUUGUACAUUGUCUUCUCCUUGGUAAGAUCCUUUUUUCUUUUGGUACUUUUCUGUUCUUUUGAAUCGAGUUUAUCACAAUGAUUUCUAGUUAUAUAUUGUUUUUGGUAUCAAAGUUCAUGAUUAAUGUUACUCACCAAGUGCAUGCUUGAUAUGGAUUUGUGGAGUAUUAUUUGCUAUAUUUACCCUUUUUCCGAUUUAGUUUUCAGUCUUGUCACACACUUAUUCAAAUUACAUUGUCAACGUGACUAGUAAUUUGGAAUAGAGGGGGUAUAUCUGAAUUAAAGUUCAAUUGUUUCAUUUAUACAACAUAGUUUUAUUGACUGUGUUUCUUUCUGUAUUAUCUGACCAAGAAUCUCAAAUAUUUGGAAAAAGAAAUUAAAGUGGAAAAGAGGAAUUUGUAUGAUAUAAUGAUGAACUAGAUUUAUUUCUUCAUGUUCCUAUGGCGUUCUUUUGAGCUUUCACUCUGUUGAUGAUGCUUUUGUACAAGAUUUUAUCAGGGAACAAAGUAAAUUGCCUCCGUAAAUGUUAUUAAUAAAUGAUAAUGAAAAAAUGGUAAAAGUGUAUCACAAAGCUAAUACCAUGUUAUUAAAGGAAUUAGGGACAUAUAUGAAACUGAAUUGAACUUCCAAUAUUGUGCUGGAUAUUUAGGAAUUCUGCUAGCUGAAAGCCUGUAAGGUUGUCCAAAUGGAGAAUCAAAACAACUUAAAGAAACCCCUGCUAUCAGAAUCAGUUGACCCUUCCUCAUGCCAUCAGAAGGAUGUAGCAAAGAAGAAGAAACUUAAUCGGUCUAGAAGUGCUCCUCUCAUCGUGUCCCUCCCUGGAGAUUUUCCAACUGUUGAUCACGAGCCUAAUCUCACAUCUGAAUCCCUCUUUAAGAGACUCCAUCCUAGCUUUAAAAAAAUAACAAUGUACUUGUCUUUUUACCUUCUUACUGGUGGUGUUUGUUUUUAUAUAGUAAGAGAUCAGGUAAGUGGUAAAAAGACUAGUAAUAGCAUCAUUGAUUCUCUUUACUUUUGUAUGGUUACCAUGACUACAGUCGGUUAUGGUGAUUUAGUCCCUCAAAGUGCCCUCGCUAAGGUCCUUGCUUGUGCUUUUGUCUUCUUGGGGAUGGCUUUGGUAGGAUUAGUUCUUAGCCAUGGGGCAGAUUAUCUCGUUGAGAAGCAACAGGCAUUGCUCAUUAGAGCAUUGCAAAUGCGCAAAAGAUUUCAACCAAGUGACGUUAUGAAGGAGAUUGAAUCAGGGAAAGUUCGAUACAAGUGUGUUGUGGUUGCUCUAAUCCUUUUUGUACUUAUCAUCAGUGGGAUUGUUUUCCUGAUUUUUGUAGAGAAGUUAGAUGCUCUGGAUGCUCUUUACUGUGUUUGUGUUACAAUGACAUCCUUGGGUUAUGGAGAUUUUAGCUUUUCAACAGAAGGAGGUCGCGCUUUUGCAGUUUUGUGGAUAUUAAUGAGCACUAUUUGCUUGGGGCAAUUCUUCCUCUAUCUUGCCGAGCUUAACACAGAAAGUAGCCAAAAUGCCCUUAUCAAGUGGGUUCUUACUCGACGCGUGACUAUUGUAGAUCUAGGGGCUGCUGAUAUGGACAACGAUGGAGUUGUAGAUGCUGCUGAAUUUGUAUUGUAUAAGCUGAAGGAGAUGGGGAAGAUUACACAGAAUGAUAUAUCACUUGUAAUGAAAGGAUUUGAAGAACUAGAUGUUGAUCAGUCGGGAACUUUGUCGGUAUAUGAUUUGCAACAAUUAGCUUCUUAACCUACAUCCAUAGUGAUAACCAAAGCAGUGCGAUAAAGAGAAUUGUGGAUGAGUAGAGCUAUGAGAAAGGAUUGUGAUUUUUGGUAUUUCUUGUGUGGCAUGAUUUUGUAAGUGUGCAUGUAUAUGCCUGUUUUUCAUCUUUUGACUUGUUGGUUGUUUGGGUAUGUCACUACUCACUACUUUCAUAAGUAACAAUCCUCUCUUAACAACGAUGGGUAUGUAGUGAACAUCAUUGAAAACUUUUUGCCAUCUUGUAAACGAGAUUGAAAAUAUAUUGAUUCACAAUCACUUGUACAUUUGUUAGUGUGGGUAUUACUUGGUAGAUUCAGGUAGGAAUACAAUAUGAUGUCACCAAAUAAAAUAUAGAGUUCAUGUAUCUUUCUGUUUUAAAAUAAGAAUAGUAGUCUAUUUAGCAUAGCUGUAUUCUGUAGACAUGAAAAUUAAAUAAUAAGGUGACCAUUGAAGUAUUGAUUAUCCAAGCAAUUAAUAAAUUAUCAUAGCUGUACACAUGAAAAUCAAAUAAUGGGGAGCAUGAUUAUUUAUUCAAGCAAGUAGUAAGUGCUUAUUUCAGCAGGGAAUAUGUUUUUUUUUUUUUUUAUUUUUUUUUUUUAUUUCUCUUCCCUGUAAUUUUUCUUUCCAACUUGUAGCAGGAAAUCCAACAAGUUCAGAUAUAUGAUCUUGAGUUUGCAUUGGACACAAGCCCGAUAUUGCUGGGUAAUAAUUAAUUUUUUUUUACCCUAUUUCUGUUUCUGUUUAUUGACUGGUGUUUGUAGUAUUUCUUUUUCUUGCUUCUCUUUUGCCUUUGAGGUUCUUAGUACGUAGAAUAUGCUUCAUACUUUGUGCAUGAUACUUGUGGAUUCUGUUAUGUUUGUUGAUUGAACUCUUUUAAAUACCAAUAUAUGGUUUUAGAUUUGAAUUUAGCGAGCCAAUGAUUGGUUGGACUUUUUUCUUGUUGUUUACACUAUAGAUCAUAAUUUUUUUUGGGAAGAGAAGGGAGAAGAUGAGAGAAAGUGCAAGGAGGAUCAUUAUAUGAAUCUCCCAAGAGUUGUCAAUGAUUUCAAUAUCAGGUAGCAAAAAAAAUCUUGUGGUAUCUAGGGUUAUGUUGCUAUAUGAUGCUUUGGAUGGUGUGGUGAUAUAUGCUUCAUGAUGAUAUUUCAAAGAAUUGUGAUGGUAUGCGGAGUACAAAUAUGUUUUAUGGUGUUUUAAAAAUUUUCGUGGUUGUAAACUGGAUGUUUGUGGUGGUUUGGGGUGUGUAAAUAACUAAGUAUAUAAACUAUAUUUGGUUCCUAUCAAUAAUUGAUUAGUUUUUGCAUGAGAUAGUACAAACUAAGAAUAGGGAGUGGAAUUUUAUCAAUCUUACUAUUCUUAAGCUAUGGACUUGAAGUGAAAUAACUAGAAUGAUAAAGCCAUGUCUCAAGUUCUAUUUUUCAAAACAUGAACCUACAUAUGCCAAGAACAACAAACAAAUAUACCCAUGAGAUUUUGCCCAUUUGAGAUUGAGAUGGUCAUCCCUCAAUAAUUAACCCAUAUUGUGUAAAACUUAUUAUACUAGCUUUUAGAGGAAAAUUUUGAAACUAAACUCUGAGCUUUCAAUACCCUGUAGGUUAUUUGCUGAUUAUACUAGGGAGAUAAUCUAACUGCUCAUCAGGAGCCUGUUCCUACUCCCAAAUCUCUCUGGAAGAAACUCCAUCGAAGUUGUAGACAAAUCACUAUCUUCAUGACUGUUUACCUUUUUGUCAGUGUAUUUUCCUUUUAUGUAAUACUCUGUAAGAGAUCAACUUAGUGGUACAAAGACUACAAACAGCAUAGUAGACGUUCUUUACUUUUGUACGGUGACCAUGACUACAGUUGGAUAUGGUGACUUAGUCCCGCAAAGUUCCCUUGCUAAGCUCCUUUUUUUUUUUUUUUUGAGGAAAGCUAAGCUCUUCAUUUGUGCUUUCAUCUUCUGGGGGAUGGCUUUGGUAGGGCUAGUUCUCACUCGAGGUGCAAAUUAUCUCGCUGAGAAGCAAGAAUUAUUGCUCGUUAGGGCAUUACAAAUGCGCAAAAAACUUAUUCGCCCAGGUGAUAUUAUGAAGGAUAUCAUGGAAACAAGCAAAGUUCAACAAAAUUGCAUUAUGGCUGUCGUAGCCCUUCUUUUACUUAUGAUAUGCGGGACUGUUUUCUUGAUGCUGGUUGAGAAGUUGGAAGCUGUUAAUGCCUUUUAUUGUGUUUGUGUUACAAUCAUGUCCUUGGGAUAUGGAGAUUAUGGCUUUUCUACUGAGGCAGGCCGUAUUUUUGCAAUUUUGUGAAUUUUGACAACCACUAUAUGCUUGGGGCUAUUCUUCCUUCAUCUUGCUGAGCUUAGCACUGAAAGGAGGCAAAAUGCCGUAGUCAGGUGGGUUAUUACUCGGCGUGCAACUAUUGUAGAUCUUGAGGCUGCUGCUACAAACAUCGAUGGAGGUGUAGAAGUUGCUGAAUUUGUAUUAUACAAGCUGAAGGACAUGGGGAAGAUUACUCAAAAUGAUAUAUCAGUUGUAAUGAAAGAAUUCAAAGAUCUAGAUUUCGAUCAGUCUUGAAGUUGGUUAUCGGUGUAUGAUUUGGAACUGCCAUAUAGUGAGAUAACCUACACCAAAGAGAUCACCAGAUAACAUUGCUCCCUCCAUUUGAUGCUCAGCUCCUGUGAGAAAUUGUUCAUGCAUAUAACUAAUCAUGGAAUUUUUUGUUGAUAGAAACGAUUGAUAGAAUCGGAGUAUGGUGCAUUGGUGCUGAAGGAAGUUAUCAUAUGCUGAGCACAAAAUUUAGUUGUUCUUGGCAAGAAUGUUUGAAAUUUGGUUUCCAAGCAGAUUUGUAAUGUAUCGGAUAAAAUGUAGUGAUUGUGCUUAUCUUAAAUAAAGAGCUAAAGGUCUUGUAAAAAUAAAUAAACAAAUAAAUAAAUAAAUAAAUAAAUA